GUUACUCGCUGUUGGGUUUCCAGAAAUAGCGUAUCGCAAUGGCAACACCACCUAAACGUAUGUGCUAUAGUCCUAUCUUUGAUAGCAGCUUUGAGAAAAGGUCAAAGAAGCUUUCCAUAGAAGGAAAUAUAGCUGCUGGGAAAUCCACAUUUGUUCGAAUUUUAGAGAAAGCCAGCGAUGAAUGGGAGGUUGUCCCUGAACCCAUUGCCAAAUGGUGUAAUGUUCAAACAUCUGAAAAUGAACAUGAGGAGCUGUCUACAUCACAGAAGAGUGGUGGAAACCUCCUCCAAAUGCUCUAUGAUAAACCCACUAGAUGGGCCUACACAUUUCAGACAUAUGCUUGCCUUAGUAGAGUAAGGGCUCAACUGAAACCAAUAUCGCCUAAACUACGUGAAGCUGAGCAUCCUGUGCAGUAUUUUGAGAGAUCUGUAUAUAGUGACAGGUAUGUGUUUGCUUCAAGCUUGUUUGAAUCUGGAAAUAUCAAUGAAACAGAAUGGGCAAUAUAUCAAGAUUGGCAUACAUGGCUUUUGAAUCAGUUCCAAGAUGAAAUAGAGCUUGAUGGGAUUAUCUACCUCCGAGCUACACCAGAGAAAUGCAUGGAAAGAUUGCACAGUAGGGGCAGAGAAGAGGAACAAGGAAUUGAACUUGAGUACUUGGAAAGUUUACAUGAUAAGCAUGAGAAGUGGCUUUAUGACAGAACAACACAGGUUGAUUUUGAUGCUCUCAAACAAAUGCCAAUUUUGGUUUUGGAUGUCAAUGAAGACUUCAAAAAUGAUAAGAUUAGUCAAGAGAUUUUGCUGGAAAAAGUCAAUGUGAGGGAGAGGACCUCGCAAGCCGGGUGAGCUGCCUUACUGCCUGGCAGAUUUCUAAGGUAAAAGACUUUCUAUUCACACUCUAACCUUGAUGAUUCUAUGAAGAUCUAUAUGUAUAUAAUGAAUUUAAACCCUCUAUCAAAGGAUUUCUACUCCCAUUUUUUUUUUCUUAAGUAUUUAGAGAAAAUAUUCAAACAUUAUUGAUAAAUCUUAUCAACUUCAUGAGUAAAACUGAAUACAAAUGUAUUAAUCUUUUUUAGAUCUAAUGAAUUUGUAAUUUAAUAAUUAGAAUUUGUAAUAAAUUCAAUUAUGUGCAGUUA